AGCCGGAUUCCUGGCGGUCCGAAGCUGUCUAGAUAGGCAGCUCUCUGUGUUUUGAGACGCGGCCGUGGUGUCUUUUGGCAGAGGCAGAGGCUUUUGGGGACUUACCGGAAACCAAAGGUUUUUUUUUUUCAAGCCUCAAACUUUGUAACUAACUGCAAGAAAGUCGAAAGAGGAAAAGAGCAGCAGAGUCCCGUUACAUUUCAGCCUCACACACAGUUCCUUGUUUUUCAUCGUCAUGUUGGAUGUGAGAAAGUUAAGACGAAGACAGAUCAACAGUUUGAACCCCAGAUAAAGUCCUGCGUCGAGCGUUUUCUUUUGCGCAUAACGGGAUCUUUGUUUUUAUAUCAUGGAAGAUGGUGUGAAAGAGGAGCCAGCCAAGCCCAAAGAGGUGACGAGCGCUGAGAAAGCCGGCUGGUUGAAGAAGUCUUCAGGGAAGUUCUUGAGCAGCUACAAGGACCGAUACAUUCAGCUGGAACGAACAGUGAUUGCGGUCUAUGAGAGUGAGGAAUUGAAAACAUGCCUGGAGAAACUGGACUUGGACAACUACCACACUUGCCACGAGUUAAAGAGUCCUUUCAAGAAGAAACACAGACUGGUACUAAUACGAAGCCCCAAGUGUGGUAACAAGGUCCAAGAUGUCAAACUUCAGGCACAAACUCCUGAAGAGAAAGAAGCCUGGAUCAAGGCACUCAGUGAAGGAAUCGACAAGGCAAAGAACAAAAUUUUUGAUGAGGUAAAAGUUGAUGAAAGCUGCUCUUUAGAUCAUGUCACUCGGAACCGACCGAAGGGGAACCGUGGAAGAAGGCCGCCAACAAGGAUACACAUGAAGGAGGUUGCAAAUGUUUCAAGUGAUGGAAUAUUAAGACUGGACCUUGAUGGUGAAGUUAUCGUGCUGAAUGGAACACAAGGCAUGAACACAGCAAAGGAUAAACAAACCGAAACUUCUAAACCAUCUGAGGUGGUGAACAACAUCCCAGAGGAGGACACUGAUGAGGAUUCCACAUCCCAAAAGAAAGUUAUAAAGCCGCCCAUGCCGCCAUCAAAAGACAACAAACCCAACAAAACUCAAAAAGAGGAUGAGCCCAAAAAUGAGGAAACUGCAGCUCAAAAGAAGACAAUGCCACUGAUGCCUCCAUCAAAAGAGUCUAAGCCUUGCAUCUCUGUUGAAGGGGCUGCUGUUGAGAAGAAUACCUUGGAUAGUAAAGUGGAGGACUCUUCCGAACCAACCCCUUCCACCAAGAGCAUCCAGCCCCCUACUCCUCCUUCCAAAAAUAUGAAGCCUACCCAACCAGUAACACCAGCUACAAUCACAAUAGAGGAAAAAGAGAAAAAUAAGGUGGUUGACGGAGAAGGUACCAAGGCAGAUGGAGUAUCAAAUGAGAAAGAAGACCUGGAUAAGUUAGAAGUAGAGACCUUUGUUCUCUCCACAAAGGUCAUGAAACCACAAGUAGUGAUGUGGGAUUCACCAAUUAAACCAUCAAAAGAACCGAGUGCUGAGCAAGAAGUGCAAAACUCAAAGAAAACCUCUGAUACCAUUGGAGAAGUGGAAACCUCACUAGAACAUCCCCAACUUAAUCUUACUCCACUUUCAACCCCUGAAUCUGUAAAAAAGAGCCCCGGGCCCCCUGCUCCACCCAAGAAGAACCCAAUUAAGGCACCUGCCAAGAAAGAGGACACUCCCACACAAAGUGACCCAAUGGUCAUCACCACUUCAUCUUCGAAAACAGUUGACGUUAAAUUGACGAUUCCCGAACCCAAAACUGAGCCAGCUGGUGAUGUGUCAAGUGAAGAUUUGGAGGAGAAGUCUUUAGACAGUGGCCAGCACUCAGGAGAGGAGUCUGAGACUGGUGACCAAGUUACGCCAUCUUCCACAAAGCUUAAAGGAAGCUCCCAGGGACUAGAUUUGGAAACCAGCGAGGAUGAUCUAGAACCAUCCAACAGCAAAGCUGAGAGUUUGGAUGAGCCAUCGCUAGAAACCCCGUCCACCACCUCAAAGACCUCAGUCCUCAGUGCACAUCCAAUCCCAAGCCAAUGUGCCAACACGUCCCUGGACCUCACCAUGCCUCUCAAGCUUUCCUCCAAUGCUCGCUCCGCAUCCUUAGGUGACCUCCUUGUGGAGAAUGCAGAGAAAAUGGAGAGCAAUGGAAAGAAGAUACCAAUUAAACCAGAAGGAAAUGAUGUAAUGGACUUGCAAAGCAAAGUGUCGUCUGAGAUCAAAGAGACUGGAGAGCUACUGAACGCAAUCGCGACUGCACAGAGUGGUGAGACUGAAAUGAAGGGGGACUCGAGUCCAGAAUUCUUGCUCUCUGCUGCAAUGGAGAAGCUCAGGAAAGCUGACCAGUUCUUGAAGGAAGCCACAAAUCUUAAAGAUCUUAAUAAAAAAAACAGAUUAAGCUUGUAAUGGUAAGUGUUGGUGGAAGGAACCUGUAGGGAUUAUCUACAGUAUGCUGAAAAUGCAGUUUCACAGUAUGCAAAUGAUCAAAUACAAUUCUUAUACCCAACCAUUUUCAAAUCUCUGAGCGACUUUUUAAACCCUGCAUGGCUAAGAUGCCUUAAGGCACGGGUAUACUGCUUUCCACGUUCCACUUCGUCUUGUGCUCAGCCUUGUCCACACAGCUUUCAAAGUAUACUCAACAGCGGAUGAUUUGAACACAUGCGCAGUACCACCUAUGGGCUCGUUCUGUCUCAACAUUUACAUGCCCACACUGUUGUAUGUGGACAAAAAAAAUUGGUAUGCACAGGUGUCCACGGACACUUCUGAUGACUUAAAUUGUGUCACGUAGACAGUCUUGCAGAACGUGGAUGGCCAAAGUAUACUUUAGGCUUUAAAGUUUUACUAAUGUAGCUGUAUAGCGUCUGCAGCAGGGUUCCCCAAAUCUGGUCCUGGAGGGCCACUGCCUUGCAGAGUUUGGUUCAAACCUUGAUCAAGUGAUUCUGAAGAUCUCGACGAGCUUGUGUGUUUAAUUGACCCUUGACAGGCAAUCUGACCAAUCAUAACGGCGAAUCUGCCAUUUUUGUCUGACAAACAAACCAGUCAGGAGAGUCGAUUAACGUCUGCGAAUUUAUAUAUAUUUUUUUAAAAAUGGAGUGCACUGAUAUCUUUACAUGGUUGAAACAAAAUGCCUUCUGAUGUUCAUUCAUGUUUAUUUCUAAUAAGAACAGAAGAGAUGACUGGUUCAUGUGCCGCUUUAACUGAGGCGCUACAGCGAUCUGUCACGACACAUUAAAAAGCCACAAAAUGGUAUUGUUUAAAUUCCUUAAAAAAAGACAGAAUUUUAAAGCUGAGACUUUGUUUUAUACCCAAAGUAACCUGCUCUGUCUUGUCUGCCAUGUUGUCAGUUUCCGCUUUGCUCCACAAUGUGCUCCUGAAGUUCUUAUUUAGGUGGUUUUAGGUGUGUUUGAUCAGGGUUGAAACUGAAAUUUCCAGGAAGAAAGAUCUCAAGGAACAGGACUGGGCAACCCUGCUUUAGAAUCAGGUGCCUUGUCCUAACACCCACACUUGCGGUCUUGGCCACUUGAAAGAAUGUGCACACGACAGGAACUAAGUGUGCAUGACUGUUCAGAUCUUAACAGCGCUAAAGCGCAGUGCCUUUAACACACACUGAAUCCACACUGCUCCAGUGCAGUAUUCGAGACUUAGUGUAUCCCAUCAUGCAUCUUGUUGUGGAAAUAAAUCGCAAGACUUCUUGCAGA